AUGGCGGGACCCUGGAGAUGUGGGAUUUGUAUUGUGUUUCUCUGUCUUACGUUAAGAGAGCUUCUAAACCACAUUAACGUGUCACAUGCUAGUACUCCACACUUCAUGAUAAAUUGUGGAGUUGAUGGAUGCCCGAGAAGCUACCGGAAAUACCAUUCUUUUUAUAAACACAUUGUGUCAAUACACCGUGAUCGCUACACGGAGAAUACCCCACCAGAACAAAUCCCACAUGAUACAAACCCCCCAGUGACACAAUAUGUCGAAGACGCAGUUCUGAGUGAGAAUGACAUCAGUGACAAUGAAGCAAUUACAAACGAUGACGACUGUAGUGCACCUCAGACUCAGGUUCAGCCACAAGAUAACAAAAUAAAUUUGGAAACAUGUGCCGCCCAAUUUAUAUGUGGUUUAAAGGAAAGAAACUGCUUAACUCAGGCUACUACAUCUGACAUUGUUGAAAACACCAAGACUUUGAUUCAGUCAACAGUUGAAAAAAUAAAGAUGGAGAUUUUGCAAAGGGCAGCUCUACAGCUAGAAGGGAACAGCUAA